UUUUGUUAAAACUUAUUUACAUAGAAGUAAACUUAUAAGCUUAGCCAAACAUGCAAGUAUAGAUACUGUAAAUUAGAGAUGCUGAUUUUCUUAAACUCCUGCUUCCGUUUUGUUUCAAAUUUACACAAAAAUUUGAUUUAACCCCAUUUUUUCUUAUUCUUGUUGAUUUACUGCUUAUACAGUUUUCACACCUAUGUUCAUAUGAUGCAUAGCCGCAGGUGACCAUUCUCGCGGAUAAGUUAGUGGAUUAGUAAUAGAAAGUAGAACGCAGAGAAUCAAAUUCACUCCUAAAUUUCAAAAUAUUCACCUGCAAAGUCCAAAAUCAAUGAUAAAAGACAGUAUUAAUUAUAUUAAAAAAUUGAAAGUAUUAAUAUGAAUAUACACACAAUAUAUGAACAUAUGAUUUUGAAGGAUUACCGGUCAUGUUCCCCAAAUGUUUCUGUUCUGCUUUUCUGAAAGCAUACAGGUCGGUGUGUUUCAUUUCCCCUGUUCGUAUCUGUACUUCGUAGUUUUUGAGUAUAAAAAAUAUAAUAAAAGAAAAUAAAAUGAGAUGAAGUGAAUAGAAAUACUAUUUCUUUGGAAUCCUGUUUUGUGGUGUUCCUUUUUGUAUGUAAUGCGAUUUCACUGCAGGCUGCUUGUUGACUAUACUUUAUGUUCAUUUGGAUGUAUCAAUUUUGAUAAUUUUGAAAAUGAUGAAGAGUACAGCUAUGAUAUUUGCUUAAGCAGUGCUUUGAAUACAUGACCACAUUUAGUUGUUAGAUUUGAAUUCCUUCAUUUCCGGUCCAUUUUAUUUGAGAAUUCUUUGUUUCUUCAUGUUAAUGUUGGUAUUCUGAUGUCAUUCAUGAGUGAUUUCACUUCACUACUCUAUAAUUGCUGAAAUCUUUGUUUUGAAUUUUUGGUUAUUGCUAUCAGACAAGCAAAAGAUGCUGUAAAACGUAUAAAGAAGCGUCUAGGCAGCAAAAAUCCAAAAUCCCAGCUUCUUGCCCUGACACUUUUGGAGACAAUUGUAAAGAAUUGUAUGGAUAUUGUCCAUAUGCUUGUUGCCGAGAAAGGUGUGCUACCUGCAAUGGUGAAAAUUGUUAAAAAGAAGCCUGAUUUUCAUGUUAAAGAGAAGAUACUAACUCUAAUAGAUACUUGGCAAGAAGCUUUUGGAGGAGCGGGGGCCAGAUAUCCUCAAUACUUUUUAGCAUAUCAGGAUUUAUUGCGUAUCGGAGCAAUAUUCCCUCAGAGAACUGAGAGGUCAGCACCUGUUAUCACGCCCCCACAGACACAUCCUCUUACAUCUUAUCCACAAAAUCUUCAAAAUCCAGAAUCUAGACCGGACGAAGCCGAGUCAUCUGCUGAAGCCGAAUAUCCAACAUUGAGGUACAUUAUCUUGACCCAUCGGUGUUGUCAAAGGAAGAGAAGUUGGAGAGUUUGUCCAUUUUAGUAGAUUUUGUGCCGGAUUUUUUUUACCCUGAAUUAUUCGAUACAUGAGUCAUUUUACCGGACGAAAUGAUCUUGAGAAUUCAGUCUCUAAGAAUAAUGGCUUCCUUUUCAAUUAUACUUGUUAUUUAUUUAUUUUUUUAAUUUUUGUAGACUUUACAUGGUGGAAAAAAUGCAAAACAUAUGGAUAACAGAUCAAUUGACUGAUUAAUUCUAUGAUACUUUAAUAGUUGUUCAUGUAUCAAUUUUUGAUUAGCUAGUUUUUAUUAUUAGGCUACUGUAUUUUGGAGAAGCUUUGCAUUGUAAAGAAAAUGCUGUUCAAAAGUUAGUUAAAUUGGUUAAUAGGUGCUGAAGUGGUUUGUCUUUUACCAAGAUAUCUUAAUAGGACAUACGCCAAGACGUUUUUGUGCAUAAACCUUUCUUGAAAUAAAUGCAUACGAAUUAUGUCAUAGGAGGAAAAACAUAUGUUGAUUUCUAAAGGUUACACCUACAUUGACUUCUUGAUUUUACUGUCUUUAUUUUCCUUUGAAUAAAAAAUAUUUAUCUAAAGAAAGUUACACAAAAUGAGGAAGUGAAUUACCCAAAUGGUCACUGAACUUC